CUUUUUUAUUUCCCAACAAGUUUGCGUUUCAAUCAUUCUUCUGCACUUCGAGCGAUCUGAAAGAUCAGGCUUUUGUUUCCCAUCGGUGUUCCGAUCCAGUUGGUUUGUUCCGAUUCUUCAUCGUCACUUUUGUUGGUUCUUUGGAUUUUGGGGGCUCCGCAAUCGAAAAGAAGGAAGAAAAUUACAUUGUCUAUCUGAGCAAAGUCCAUGAAGCCAGGAGCAUCUUCUUUGAAUCCAUACGCGGCCGCCUAUAUUCCUCUUUCUAAAAGGGAGGCGGAUGGUGGAACCUGUGUAGCAGGCGGUGAUUAUAAGAGUUAUGAGGGGCCUGUUGGGUUUCAGACUCCUCAGCAUACAACACAAGAUCAGCACCGCCUCCACCCUAGCACUCGUGCUUCUCAAAAGCUCUUUACUUCUCAGGCAUAUCAUGUGAAGGGCCAACCUGAAUCUAGUUCUUCCGGUUCAGUAGCUCAGGGUGCAGUUCAGAUGGCAGAUAAACAGAUGCUGGAUGAAGAAUCUGAUAUGGAUCUGGAAUAUCUUAGGAUGACGUUUCCUGGUAUAUCUGAUCAAUCCCUUAUCGAUGUCUACAUGGUCAACGGGGGUGAUCUGGAAUCUGCUAUUGACAUGCUGAGCCAGCUUGAGUUUGAUGGUGUCCAUUCAUCUGAAAGUCUUCCAGAGACACUGGAUAUCGGUGAUAUUUCAGAAUCUGGGAAUUUUGCUGAUUCUGCUUCAUUGAAGCUAAAGAAUGCGGCAGCCGAAGCCGGCACUUCUUCUACUCCCUCAGCACCAGCUACUGUCUCGUAAAUUGUUCAGAAAGUCAUACUCCUAUGGUGUUUUAAGAAGUGUAAAAUUAGGGCAGGGCUACUGAGGUGGGGGGGCAUCUCUCAUACAUGGUUCAGUUUCAUGCUUUUGUAUAGUGCUCAGCUUCUUAUAUUGUUGUGGCGAUCAAAUCUGAAUUGUCUCUAUUUUGCUGGGUUUGCUUGUGCAAUGUGCCAUGUGGAAUUGUGCAGCUUUCCAUUUUGAAAUGGACGGUCAAAAAGGGGAUUCAAAUUCAUCUGAGAUGAUAAUCUUCGGUGGGGAUGGAUUUGACUGCCUGUACAUUGUACCGUGGUCAGUAACUUUUGUUCUUUAUGCAAUAGAUUUCAUGCAGCAUCUUUAAUUCA